UCCACAUGGAGCGGUCUCCAACUCUCUCCAUCGAUCCUGACAUCCGGCGUUUAACCACUGGAUCACCUUUCAAGCUUAGAUUCGUUCGGUUACAGUUACGGGCUCGUUUUAUAGAGUACGUAUAUUGUGUUAGAGUUACGGGCUUGGAGUCCAUAAAUUGCACCCUUGACGACCCCGUUUUCCUCACAGCAGAGCAUUGCGGCCUUGCGUAGAGCGCUAGCCAUAGACACGGGAAACGAGAAGUAGCCAGAUAGUCGUCGUUGCUUGGGGAAGAUCGGAGUUGUUUUGGGAGCUGGAAAUGGCACCGGCUUCAUCUUUCCCGAUCAUCGACAUGGGGCUGCUCGCCGGGGAGGAGAGGCCGGCGGCGAUGGACAUGCUGCGCGAUGCGUGUGAGAACUGGGGCUUCUUUCAGAUCCUGAACCACGGCAUCUCGACGGAGCUGAUGGACGAGGUGGAGCGGCUGACCAAGGGCCACUACAAGCGGGUGCGCGAGCAGCGGUUCCUCGAGUUCGCGAGCAAGGCGCUCCAGGACGGCGGCGGCGGCGCGCGCGGCGUCAAGGCGGAGAACCUGGACUGGGAAAGCACCUUCUUCGUCCGCCACCUCCCGGAGUCCAACCUCGCCGAGAUCCCCGACCUCGACGACGGGUACCGCCGCGCGAUGAGGCGGUUCGCCGGCGAGCUGGAGGCGCUGGCGGAGCGGCUGCUGGACCUGCUGUGCGAGAACCUCGGCCUGGAGCGCGGGUACCUCGCGCGCGCGUUCCGCGGGCCCAGCAAGGGCGCCCCGACCUUCGCCACCAAGGUCAGCAGCUACCCGCCGUGCCCGCGCCCGGACCUCGUGAGCGGCCUGCGCGCGCACACCGACGCCGGCGGCAUCAUCCUGCUGUUCCAGGACGACCGCGUAGGCGGGCUCCAGCUGCUCAAGGACGGCGCGUGGGUGGACGUGCCGCCCACGCGCCACUCCAUCGUGGUGAACCUGGGCGACCAGCUGGAGGUGAUCACCAACGGCACGUACAAGAGCGUGGUGCACCGGGUGGUGGCGCAGUCCGACGGGAACAGGAUGUCCAUCGCGUCCUUCUACAACCCGGGCGGCGACGCCGUCAUCUUCCCGGCGCCGGCGCUGGUGAAGGCCGAGGAGGCGGCCGCGGCGUACCCCAGGUUCGUGUUCGAGGACUACAUGAAGCUGUACGUGCGGCACAAGUUCGAGGCCAAGGAGCCGCGGUUCGAGGCCUUCAAGUCCAUGGAGACCGGGGGCUCCAACCGCGGCAUCGCCAUCGCGUAACGACCGGGCAGGGCGUGCAUCUUGCUCCAGAGCCGGAGUCGUACGUGUCGGGAGCAGAUUGGAAUGUGCUGAAUAAAUGGGCCAGACAGGUUCAGAGUAUCUUUUAAAAGUAUUUCUAAAAUCUACUCUCUAAAUUAUUAUUUAGAGUGCGUAGUCUAGAAAGUAAUUCUCGCUUUCUAUCUUUGGCUAGCGAAAAAAUCGAAAUAGAGAAGAUUUAUAUUUAGAUAUCCAAUAGAGAGACCCUUGGAUACUAAAAUUCUCUAUUGCUAUAGAUAUAAAGAAUUUACUAAGGUACGAUGUGUUCGGCAUCCUCGCUGUGUCGUUUGAUCGCUGUUGCUCUCUGUUCUCGACCAGCAUGUGUUGUAGUUGCGCCCGUAAAUGCCCGUUCUAGCGAGCCCCCUGGUGCGGUUCUGCUUGUGUUCUCAAGUUACAGGACAGAAAUUUAUCUUAUUGUAUUUUCGAAGA